AUGAUUGAAUCCAUGAAUUUCAUGAUGAGCCCUUCAAUGGUGCCUAAAGUGCGGAGGAGCGUGUCUGAGGGAAAGUCUGUCAGUCAAUCCACAUUGAACUUACUGCUGUGUGGGAGAAAAGGAGUUGGCAAGACGAUCUCAGGUAUCACCAUCCUAGAACAGAGUUUGGCUUCAGACAAACGACGGUCAGGAACAGCGGUUGCACACCACAUCAUCAUAGAUGAAAUUCCAGCUCUUUCCUCCACAGCCAUUUCCACAGAGGAGGUGAUUCGUCAGACUAAACAAUGCAUCUUGCACUGUUCUCCUGGGAUCCAUGUUUUUCUCUUUGUGAUACCAGUGGGUCCAACCACCAGUGAAGACAUAGGAGAGUUACAAAAGUUCAGAGAGCUGUUCGGUGAGAAAGUUUAUGACUACACUGUGGUCCUGUUCACACACGAGGGAGCACUGAAAAAAGAAGAUUUAGAUGACUUUGUGAAGAGGUGUGCAGCCAUACAAGAUCUUGUCCAGAGAUGUGGGCACAGAUUUUAUUCUUUGAGCAUUAAGAAGGACAACAAUGAGCAAGAGGUCACAGAACUGAUGACCGGGAUAGAGAGCAUGGUAACUGGCAAAGACAACUGCUGUUACCUUCCUGAGAUGUUCAUGGAAGCACAAAUGGAGACAGGAAAUGGCAUGGAGUCAAAACACAAGGCACUGUUGGAGCAGAAGGACAGGAAAAUUAAGGAGCUGGAGGAAAAGAUACAAAAUCUGUCAAAAGUAUCUGAAGAUAAGUCUGUCAGCCAACCCACAUUGAACUUACUGCUAUGUGGAAGAAAAGGAGCUCAGAAGACUUCCUUGGCUAAGAUCAUCUUGGAAAAGACGUCCACCUCAGACAAACGACGGUCAGGACCAGCGGUUGAACACCAGGUCACCAUAGAUGAAAUUCCAGCUCUUUCCUCCACAGAUAUUGCUCCAGAGGAGGUGAUGCGUAAGAUCAAACAACGUGUCUUGCGCUGUUCCCCUGGAGUCCAUGCUUUCCUUUUUGUGAUACCGGUGGGUCCAAUCACCAAUGAAGACGUAGGAGAGUUACAAAAAUUCAGACAGGUGUUCGGUGACAAAGUUUAUACCUACACUGUGGUGCUGUUCACACAUGUGGGAACACUGAAGAAAGAAGAUUUAGAUGACUUUGUGAAGAGGUGUGCAGCCAUAGAAGAUCUGGUCCAGAGAUGUGGGCACAAGUAUUAUUCCUUAAGCAUCAAGAAGGACAGCAAUCAACAGGUCGUAGAGCUGAUAGCAGGGAUCGAGAGAAUGGUAACUGGCAAAGCCAACCACUGUUACCUUCCUGAGAUGUUCGUCCAAGCCCAACUGGAGACACGAAUACAAGACAUGGAGGCAAAGCACAAGGAACUGUUGGAGCAGAAGGACAGAAGAAUUAAGCAUCUUGAGAAAAAGAUGCAAUAUCUGUCAAAAGGAGAAGUUGCUCAGGAUAAAACAAGCUGUGUGAGGAUUGUACUGCUGGGAAAGACUGGAGCUGGGAAGAGUGCGACAGGGAACACCAUCCUGGGGAGAGAAGAGUUUUUGUCUAAACCCAGUCUUCAAUCAGUAACAGCUUGUUGUAAGAAAGGAAAAGGAGAAGUUGCUGGGAAGGAAAUAGCUGUGGUUGACACUCCAGGACUAUUUGACACACAAUUUUCAGAAAAAGAGGUUCUGAGUGAAAUUGCAAAGUGCAUGUCCAUGGCAGCCCCAGGACCCCAUGUGUUCCUCCUGGUGCUGCAGGUGGGACGCUUCACUGAAGAAGAGGGGAAAACAAUACACUUAAUUAAAAAGAAUUUUGGUGAACACGCGGACAGGUACACAAUAGUUUUGUUUACCAGGGGAGAUGACCUGGGAGAUCGUACCAUUGAAGAUUACUGUCAGGAAGGAAAGAGUGUUAAAAAGUUGAUUGAUGACUGUGGUGGUCGAUGUCAUGUGUUCAACAACAAGGAUAAAGAUCGCAAACAGGUCGUUGAGCUCAUGGAUAAAAUAAACAAGAUGGUGCAGGAGAAUGGAGGAAGCUACUACACUACUGAUAUGUUUGAGAUGGCAGAGGCUGCUAUCCAACAAGAACAGGAGAGGAUACUGAAGGAAAGAGAGCAGGAGCUACAGAAAGAGAAGGAUGACCUUAGGGCAAGUUAUGAGUUGGAACUGGCAGAGAUGAAGAAAAUAAUGGAUACAGAACGACAACUGUUUGAGGAAGAAAAGCAGAGGAGAGAAGAAAAUCUGAAAGCAGAAGAAGAAAAGUUAAGAAAAGACAUGGAGGAAACAAGAAGGAGGCUGGCUGAAGAAAGUAAAAAAAGAGAAGAGGAGGACAGAAGAAGAAGAGAUCAAGAAGAAAGACAAAGAAGAGACUGGGAGAGA